AUGGCGGCCACUACUGCACAGGUCAUCGGCUGCUUCUCACCUGGAGCCUCUCCUUCGCUGCUCCGUUCAAUCUUCGUCGCGGCUGUGGUGCUGUCGGUUGGAUGCAUGAUUAGCCCUACCCAGGCUCUAGAGAGCAUCACCGUCAGCUCCAGAUACUACUAUGUUUCGUCCAAGACAAAGGGUGUUUCCCCUUCACCCUACACUGGUUCCUUUCAAGUUUCUGUCAAGAUGACUGAAUUUACUCAGCUGGUGGGAUACACUCUUCGCGUGUUUGCCCUGCCCCACAAACCCAAAGCCAACUUUUCCGAUGUAGGGAUUUUCAAGGGGAAGGGGGGCGCCACGGGACCUUUAGUGACAUCCUUCCCCUGCAGGAUGCACACUGUUGGGACUGGAUAUGUCUGCUUUGGCGAAGCCCCUCAACAAUCCGCCUCCAAGGGCGUCAAGCUGCGUCGCCGCUCUGCUACCGCAGGAGCUGUUACCGCGGAUGAGCUUAACGAAGCAGGCGUCGACCUCGCCAAGGCCGUCGCGCAGUCCACCAAGAUCCAGGAGCUCGCGCGCGCACAGGCCGGCUCACAGGCUGGCGCGGUCGUCGCCGCGGGUCCCGCCAGACCCGCCGCCGGCGGCGGCGGUUCAGAUGCGCGGAGGAAGAGUUCGCGCGGCGCUGGGACACUCGACUUACCGCCAUGGGAGGUGGUCGCCAGCUUGACGGAGGCUGACUGGGUGGCGCUUCGCGCGUGGAUCGAGGCUGGAUGGCGGUACGUUCGCUCGUUAUUGUCCAAUGUCGAUCCCUUUGUCUCCUCUGCCUCUUUUACUCCCAAGAUUAUCCUUGAAGCCGUUUGCUCUCACGUCCGCGACGACGCCAACGAGCAUCCCAAGGCGGCGCAGCUGCUGCAGCGUUGCGGCAUCCACCUCCCCAAGCCCGGCACAGCUGGCGGCGCGCGCGGGGGCGGCGCCGUUGGAUCCGGCGCCGGCUCUCCCGCUGUCAGCGGCCGCACGACCCCGUCUACUGUCGCUAGCGGAAUGCAUGUUAUCGAGUACGCGUCAGCGUCCCCGGACAAUCAAGUCGGUUACCUCUCCGACACCUCGUCUCCGACCACCUCCCGCACGGGUUCCCCGCAGCGGGACUCGCGCGCGCGGAGGGGCGCGGCUGGCUCCGACGUGUCGCACGACGCCUCCCCGCGCUUCCACGCUGGGUCCCCGUUCGGGGGAUCCGACGGGGGAGGAGCGCCAGGGGGAGCGGGCGCGGGGGGAGGGCCGGGGACGACCGCGGCGAAUGUGCUGGGGAUUGAGGCGUGCCCGCACAUGCAGGGGAAGAUGAUUGCGGGGAGCGACAGGGCGAGCGAAAUCGACAGCCUUAAUUCGAGCUUCCGGGAGGAUGCGGGGAGCACGCGCGGCGCCGGGGGGGUUCCGCCCGCUGGCGGCGCGCAGAAGGGCGGCGGAGCGGCUUCCGGGGAUGCGCUGCAUCGGAAGCUGCUGUCCGCGAUUGCGCGCGCGCACCAAGUGUACUUCAUUGAUAAGGAGCCGAAUGGCACGCUGGUGUUUGAUUUCCUGCUGUCCGCGCUGCUAGACGUGACGUCGUCGGGCUUUGGGUUCAUCUCUUCUGCGCUGCUCAAGGCCGACGGCACGCCCUACCUCAAGACGCACGCGAUGACGAACGUGGCGUGGACCAAGGAGCUGCGGGCGUGGUACGCGGCGAACGCGCACAAGGGGCUGGUGUUCACCAACAUGAACACGCUGCACGGCACCGUCGUGCUCACGGGCCAGGCUGUGAUCACCAACGACGCUGUCAAUGACCCGCGCUCCCGCGGCGUGCCUCCUGGCCACCCGCCCAUUGAGACCUUCAUGGGGAUCCCGCUUUACACUGGCACGGAGCUGAUUGGCAUCUUUGGGCUGGCGAACCGCAUGGAGGGGUACGACGAGCAGCUGGCCAAGGAGCUUGAGCCGCUGACUCUCACCAUCGCCCAGAUGAUCUAUGCCGUGAACGAGCGCAAGCGGCGCAAGGAGGCCGAGCUGCACCUGUCCAGUGUCGUGCAGGUGGCGAACGAGGGCAUCAUGUCGCUGUCGCACAGCGGGCACGUGACGUCCAUGAACCACUCGGCGCGUGUGAUGUUUGGCUUUGCGGCGCCCGACAGUGAGCAGUCGGAGGACGUGCCCGCGCCGCCCAACCUGCAGGUCACGGACCUGCUGCUCGAGGUGGACGGCCACGCUAACUUCCUGCGGGAAGGUCUGGAGCACCAUGCAGGGCACGUGCACUCGGGGCAGGGGCAGCGGCAGGACGGCAGUGUGUUUCCGAUGGAGGUGUCGAUCAGCAAGGGCACGUACGACACAGUGUUCUAUGUCGCUGUUGUCCGAGACGUCUCCGAGAAGCUCGACUCCUCCCGCAAGCUGCAGGAGAGCGAGGAGCGGUGGAAGUAUGCGCUGCACGGCAGUGAGCUGGGCGUGUGGGACUGGAACGUGCGCGACAACACCCUCGAGAUCAGCGACCAGUGGAAGGCUCUUCUCGGGUACGCGCCGGACGAGCUAGAGGCGUCAGUGGAGGUGUGGGAGUCGCUGCUGCACCCAGACGACGUGCAGUCGGCGUUCAUCGACCUCAAGGCGCACCUGGACGGCCGCACUCCCGUGUUCGUGCACGAGCAGCGCCUGCGCUGCAAGGAUGGGUCGUACCGGUGGCUGCUGCACCGCGGGCAGGUGGUGGCGCGGGGGGAGAGUGGGGAGCCGCUGCACUUUGUGGGCACGCACGCCGACGUGACAGACCGCAAGCAGACUCACGCUGCUGUUGUCGCUGCUGACACAGCCAACGCCCGCCUUCGCACUGCCGAGGCUGGCCUGUUCGCGAAGCUAGACCACGAGGUUCGGGAGCCAAUCAGCAGCGUGCUGGAGAGUGCCAAGGCUCUCAAGGAUGCGCCGGAGCUCACUGACGAGCACCGGGCGGCGGUGAAUCAGAUCGAGGAGAGCGGGCGGCAGCUGGCGUCUGUAGUGGCGGACGCUCUUGACAGUACAAUCAUCGAGGCGGGCGGCUGGACACCCAAGCUGGCGCUUACUGCUGUCGCAGAGAUGGCGGAGGCAGCAGCAGAGGCGAUGGCGGGAGCGGCGGAGAGGAAGGGGCUGGAGGUGGUGCUGGAUGCGUCACCCGAUGCUCCGCCCUUCAUUCUCGCCGACUCCUCUCGCACCAUCCAGGUGCUCGUCUCGCUGCUGUCACUGGCCAUCCAGUGCACGAGUCGCGGCUUUGUCCGCCUGCGCAUCUACAAGGAGUCCCCCCCAGCAGCAGGUGCAGCAGGCGGCAAGGCCACAGUGCUCGUGGCGUCUAUUGAGUCGCCUGCAGCCCCGGCUGCGCUCUCUGCCGCCUUUGAUGCCAACCAGGGCAGUCUUCUGGCCGCCAAGAAGCUGGUGGAGGCGAUGGGUGGAGCGGUCACACUGGUGGCAGAGCAGCACCGGGUGCCGUCGGUAGCAGUCAAGUUCCCCGUGGACCUCUCUCGCCCCGAGUUCCAGAGCGCUGUCGUGCUGCGCCCCUCUGCUCCCCCGGUCAUAGAGCAGCCGCUGCGCCAGUCCCGCGUGCUGGUGGUGGGCGCCCUGCAGGUGACCACAGCAGCCAUAGCAAAGCAACUCCACGCAUGGCACGUGCCGCACAGCACCAGCAGCAGCACGCCAGAAGAAGCCUUCCUCUCGCUCUUCCCCGCACACGCCCUCCCGCCAGUCAUGACCUCCCCGGGUCAAUCCCCCCCCACAACCUUCCCCGACGGCACCCCCCGCGACGGCCUCUCUCUAGACUAUGAGCUAGUUGUCGUGGAUUGCUCUCAGAAGAAGCAGGUCAAGGGGGACUCGGAUAUGCUGUCGGUGCUGCAGCUGCUCGCGAGGGACCGUGUGGGCGUGGUGCUGCUGCUGAGCCGCACGGUUGCGAGGGACCCGGGGUUCAAGCAGGAGGUGGAGGAGGCAGCGGACUGGCACGCCCAGGCUCCCGUGCUGCUGGCUAAACCCAUGGUGCGACCGCGGGCCCUCCUGGAGGCCCUAGAGGACGCGCUCAUCCUGCUCCCGGGCAACGACCACGCGCUCUCGGACCUGCGGGGGGCGGCGCACGGCAGCGAGGAGAAGGACAAGCAGGCGGCGGAGCAGGCACUCAAGGAGGGCGCGGGGGCCAUCGACCGGGCUGCACGGGGGGGUGCGCUGCAGGGCCGCGUGCUCAUCGCUGACUGCAACGCUGCGGACCGGAAGGUAGCGGAGAGGCUGUGUGUGGCCAUGGGGUUGGCGGUGGAAGGGGUGAGCACAGUGGUGCGAGCCAUGGAGAGGAACCAGGCCACUGGAUUCGACCUUGUCCUGGUCAACACUCAGAUGCCCGGAGUGGACCUGCCAGCAGUGCUGCAGGCUCUGCAGACGGACCACCGCAGGCGAGGCGCCACUCGCGCUCUCAUUGUCAUGGGCAUGUCCACAGGCCUUGACGAGCAGCAACGGGCGGCGUACAUUGCAGAUGGCCUUUCAGAAACCCCCUUCACCCCCCCUCCCUGUUUCCCCUCCUAUCCCCCCCCUCCCUCCUUUCCCGCUUUCCCGACUGUCCCCACUCCUGCAACAGAGGCCCUGCCCAAGCCGUUCACCAUUGGUGCGCUGGAGUCUCUUCUUCGCUCCUUCCUUCCCGCACAGUGA